CGGCUCUUCCACCCCAUCAACUCACAGCAUCCUCUUACCCAUCAAUGAUCAGUUCGCCACUUCCUAGACACCAACUACAACCACACCACCCACAGUACUCUAUCAGACCAGCACAUCUCAGCCAUCUCAGCCACAUCAGCCAUCCUAUAGGGGAUUAUAUCGAAAUAUUCACCAUGUCUUCUCCCAAGAUUAUCGUCUUCGGCGCCACAGGCACCAUCAGCCCCUUCGCCGCCCGCACCGCCUACGCCGCCGACGAGCAAGCCGCCGGAUUCGAGCGCGUGUACGCGGACCUCACGAAACCCGAGACGCUGCGGGCCGCCGUCGCGCAGACCGGCGCGACGCGCGCCUUCAUAUACAUGACCUUCGGCACAGCCGACCACCAGCGGUCGGGGUUCGACGCGCUGCGGGCGGCGGGGAUCGAUUUCGUGGUCUACCUAAGCAACUUCGCCAUCAGCGCGGCGGCGCAGGGCCCCGCGGCGCGCGACAUCCCGGCGAGCCUGCCGCUGGCGUACGCGCACGCGCGCGUCGAGAUGGCGCUCGAGGACGUGUUUGGGCCCGCCGGCUUCGUCGCGCUGCGCCCCACCUUCUUCGCGCGCAACGUGCUGCCGUGGUUCAAGAAGACCGCCGCCACCGACGCCGGCGGCGUGCAUAUCUACCUGCCCUACCCCGAGGCGGUCUGGGACUUCAUCGCGCCCGAGGACAUUGGCCGCGUCGGCGGGAUUGUGCUGGCCAGCGGCCCCGCCGCGUACACCGGGCCGUCGGCCGUUACGCUGUCGGGGCCGCAGCUGCUCUCGCAGGAGGACGCCGCCCUCGCCAACCUUGUCGCCGCCGGCCGCCCGGCGUUCCUGGCCAAGGCGUACGUCGAGAUGCUGAGCACGCUGUUUAACUAUUCUGGACGUGAGGAGGCGGUUGCGAAUGUGGAGAAGUACGGGGGCCGGGCUGCGACUACGUUUGAGCAGUGGGUUGGGCAGCACAGGGAUGAGUUCGGUCUUUGA